UUACAUGCGUUAGUUGCAUCUAAAAAUUUUAUUUAUAAGAUCUUUGUAUUCUUUUAUUAAAAUCUUGUACGGAAAGUAAAGGAAAUCUUGAAAAAUGGCUGAGAAAAAUGCCGAUCAAAGUAUUAUGGACAAAUCCAUGAGAUCAGUAUUCGUGGGAAAUAUUCCAUACGAAGCCACUGAAGAAAAGCUUAAGGAAAUAUUUAGUGAAGUGGGACCGGUAGUAUCGCUAAAGUUGGUGUUCGAUCGUGAAAGCGGGAAACCCAAGGGAUUUGGGUUUUGUGAAUAUAAAGAUCAAGAAACCGCUUUAAGCGCAAUGCGUAAUUUGAACGGUUAUGAAAUAGGUGGACGAACGCUACGUGUCGAUAACGCUUGUACCGAAAAAUCGCGAAUGGAAAUGCAGCAAUUGCUUCAAGGUCCUCAAGUCGAAAAUCCGUACGGAGAACACUGCGAUCCCGACCAAGCUCCGGAAAUUAUAACAAAAACAGUCGCCUCCUUGCCACCAGAACAAAUGUAUGAAUUAAUGAAGCAGAUGAAGCUAUGCAUUCAAAAUAAUCCAUCGGAAGCACGACAAAUGUUAAUGUUGAAUCCCCAACUAGCAUAUGCUUUGUUACAAGCAAUGGUAGUUAUGCGUAUUGUGGACCCACCAACGGCUUUGGGAAUGUUGUUUAAAGCCAAUCAAAUGCCACCAGUUCUCGGAGGAAUUGGACCAAAUAUUAUACAGCCGCCGCCUGUAAGUCAACCUACUCCAGUUAUGGGCCCGACACCAAUGCCAGUACCAGGGCCUAAUUUUAAUGCAAUGCAAGGUAACGAUAUUGAUUUAAGGGCCAUGUCUGGCGGAAAUAUGGGUCCUGCAACUUCAAUAGAUCCCAGGCUGGCACGUAAUAUGGAUCAAGAUAUGCGAUCCAUGCCAAAUCCUGUACCUCCUCCACUUAUGGAUCCACGCGCACAACGUCAGAUGCCUCCGCAGCAAGUGAACCUUGCCGUUCCAUUUCCCGUUGAUCCGCGCCGACAAAUGGACCCUCGCUUACGCAAUUCUGGCCCUAAUCCUGGAGCCGGAGCUGCAACAGUCGCUGGGCUUGCGCAGAGCCAACAAACUGCGCAGCAACAAUUGCAGAACCGCUUGGCUUCGAAUUGCGGUCUUCCUAACGAUGCCUCCGACCAAGAAAAAGCCGCUUUAAUAAUGCAAGUGCUCCAACUAACUGAUGAACAAAUCGCUCAACUUCCGCCAGAACAGCGAGCAAGCAUCUUAGUGCUUAAAGAGCAAAUUGCUAAAAGCACCCAACGCUAAAAUCUCUGCCUACCGUAAAUUCGAAAUAACAUAUGUGUUUCAUUUAUUAAAACGUGUGUAAAUGUUUAUUAGAAAAUAU